AUGCCUACAAUGAGCCAACUGAUAGAGGAAAUUCAUCGGAACAAAAAGGACAUUGAAUCGUUGAAUAAACAGAUUCACGAACAAAAUCAACAACAUGAAGAAGCAAUGCGUUCACAACGAGAAGAAUUUGAAGUCGAGCGGUAUAAUUUUCGUGGUGAACUCGCGCAAGUGAAAAAAGAGCUACAUUCUGAGAUCAAUAUUAAGAUGGAACAAAGUCAAAAGCGACAGAAGAACACUGAAAGCGCUGUUGAUGAUAUUCUCACUGAUAAUCUUAUUACAAGCGAAGAUUUCCAUGAGACCAUCGAAAAUCUAAGAAAAACCAUUGACACCCGACUUUCGUCGUUGGAGGAAAGACUUGCAAGAAUAGAAGCGCAUAAUAUUCAGAGAGCUAGAACCGACAGUGAGCGGUAUAAUGACUUAAUCGCAAGAUUUGACCGCCAAGAUCAAGAGUCCGCAAGACGAGAAGAAAUUCUCUUCCGUCAUUUUGGCGUUAAUAUUUAG